AUGAGUGCAGCGGCGCCGGAGCUCAACGUGGGCGACUGGCUGGACGUGGUGGACGGCGACGGCAUCUGGAACGUGGCGCAGGUGCUGCGCCUGCCGUCGGCCGAGACGGUGGAGGUCACGUACGACUGCUGGGGCGACGAGUACAACGAGACGCUGCCGCGCGACAGCCCGCGCAUCUCCCCGUUCCACACGCACACGUGGGCCGUCAAGUGCUGGGCCAAGCUGGACACCUGGCCCUGGUGGCCGGCGCUGCUGACGGUGCGCGCACCCGGCUCAGACUUCGGCUCGCAGAACUUGAGGCUUGAAGAGAGGCUGCUCGUGGACUUCCUGGACAGUGCAGACUUCAAGGAGCGAUGCCGGUGCUGGGUCCAGAAGAGUAAGAUUGUGCCGUUCCAGUCGGACGAGGAGACGAGGAAGCAGCUGACGAAAAACAAGAGGAGGAACAAGAGCAAAGGGGAAACGACGCGGUCCAAGAAUUUGACGUUUUCCACUGCGCUGUUGGCGAGGUGUGAUGCGCGCGAGGAUUUCCCAGAGUUUGUGGAGGGCACGCUGCCCGUGCAGUUUGAGCGCAACUUUACGAGACCGACGGAAGAAGUGAGGAAAGAGAUGGGCGAGGAGAUCUGGCUGCGCGGGUUCGCUGACAACAGGGAUAACCACGCUGCAACGCACGCAUACAUCCCGAUGUCGGCUGAGAAAAGAAAAGCCCAUGACAGGAAUGACGCCGCAUUACCGAAGUCGGUGGAGGAGGAAAAGAGUACGACUAAAGAAAAAGCCCACAUCGAGCCACAGCCGGAACAACAAAGCAUACCUAGCUCUCAUUCUGACAAGACCAACGAGCCUCAGAAAGGCAAUAGUACUGUUGCAGCAAAGCUACAGAAAGAGAAAAUGAAUCUCCAGAAAAGAGCAAGGCCUGACGAGGAGAAACAAGCGUUCAAUGACACCAACACUGGUCGCGCUGGGAAGGCCAAAUCGCCGCGGGUGGAAACUCAAGAAGACAACUCAACCAAACCCCAAGCCGCCAUCUCUGUUGUUGUCGGUGCUGACGAAAAUGAGGUUAAAGACGUGGCGAAGUCGAUCUCUCCUGUGAAUGUGCCUCUUGUCGGGACCCGGAAGUACGGGAAAACCCCGAAGGUUUUAAAAACACCAAGGAGAUCGGCUACGAAUUUGCCGCCGUACACGCCACCCUACGCUCGGGUUCUGCUGCAGGUGAAACCACGGAAUGAGCACCACACCGCCCAAUCAUCUCACGCUCAUCACCCCACCUCUCAAGCAUCUCGCCCGCGCCAUGCUGCUCAUCCAGAACCACGCGCUCCAAAAAGUAAUUGUACGCUUGCUGCUCAUGUUGAUAUAAGAAUUAGCAUGUCAAGCGAUGCAAAAUCUGACGACGGACCUGCCAGCCCGAUUAAGAGCCUUGCGAAGGCAACCAAAGCGACCUUGCGAGCUGAUAAAAAACUGCACAGCAUGGAAAACGCGCUCAAGGGCAAACUCAGCGAGCUUGCUGAAAAAUCUGUCAAGGCUGAAGAGUUGCGCAACAAAUGCGCUGCCUUGAACUCUCGCGUGAGCUCCUCCCCAACGAAGCCCGCACAGCAAACUUCCUCAACAGAAAAUGCGCCUCAAGAAGCCCCCGCAAAAGAAUCUGCUCAAGUUAGGAGAAAGGAUUCACGGCGCGUGAGUAAGCCUUCAGUCAGAUCCGAUUCUUCUCGGGCGCCAGCACUUGCAAGGAGGUCGUCUCAGUCCCAGUGCGAUAUCCGCGGAUUGGAACUUGCGUUGGACGACAGAAUCUCAAAGCUUCAGGGUCUCGAUAGUGCUACCACACGUGCCGAGUUUGACGCGAUCAAGGCCGACCUGAUGAACUCGCCGGAGGUGCAAGCUGCGAUCACGCGAAUUAAACAUCCUAGUUAUGGGUGGACAGCAUCUGCUGGUGAUGCUCUAUCGUCGACGUCCAUGUAUGUAAGCUUAGGAAAUGCUCGUGAAUGUAGUGUUGCGUUGGUCAUGACCGCGACUCCGACGCUGUUCGCGUGUGCGCUGGACGUGCUGACUACGGGCGAUGCGUUUACCAAGGCCGAGAAGACGACCAAGUACGUGGCGCAGUGGAAGAGUGGCGAGAUCAAGGUCGUGUGCGAUGAGGACGACGACGUGAACAACGUGCCUGACCAUCCGGCGCGCCCCGAGAACGUUGAGGUCGUCCCUGCCUACAAGGCGAAGCAGGGAUCCCGCAAGGCUUUCGUGCACAGUUUGGCGCACGCUGAAAGCUACGCCAUCGAUCUCAUGUGGGAUAUGGUGUGUCGAUUCGUGCCGCACAACCUACCGCGUGCAUUCUACGAUGACUGGGUUCGCAUUGCUGGCGAGGAGGCGGAGCACUUCAACAGUUGGGCUCACCGUCUUACGGAGCUGGGCAGUUUCUACGGUGACAUCGCUGGUCACGAGGGGCUUUGGGACGCAGCGUACGAGACCCGCGACAGCAUUCUGGCACGCCUGGCGGUGGUGCAUCUUGUUCACGAGGCGCGCGGGCUCGACGUGUUCCCCAACGCUGUCCAGCGCUUUGAGAAGGCCAGCGACGACGUAAGCCUGAAGAUUAUCCACAAGAACUACACCGAGGAGACCACGCACGUGGGCGCCGGAGUGCGCUGGUUCCGAUACGUCUGCGAGCGGGACGGUGAUGACCCGAUCGCCAAGUUCCACGAAAUUGUGCCGCAGUAUUACAAGGGCACGCUGAAGCCUCCUUUCAACACAGAGGCCCGGAACAAGGCCGGCAUGCUGGAGGAAUGGUACAUUCCGCUCAGCUCGGAGGCUGCAAAGAAGGAAUCCGCCGCCGCUGCGACUGUCGAAGAAGCGACUGCUGCGAUUUCCACCGUGAAGCUCGAGUCAUAA